GGAGAAAGAGACGAGAGUCACAACAGGAAAAAAAAAGAAAAAAGAAAAAAAGAAAAGUGGCCAAGACAAAGGACUGGACAGCGUGCGGUGUGGAGGGGGGACCGGAGGACAGACCGCGGGGGUCCGGCGGACAGACCAGCGGGUGCUGAUCAAGCCUCAUUUUCCAGCUGGUCGCUCGGUUCCUGUGGAAGUGAAGCUCCGUGGUCAGCAGUCCUGAGAUGGAGAAGCUCCAGGCCCGGUGACCAGCUUUAAUGAGCUGUCAACAAAGUCUCUCAGGCCAUGGAGGAAGUGGAAACAGACGGACAGUAAUGGCAGUUUGACUGACAGCCGUCAGAGGAGGGAUCUUCCAUUUGAGUGUCCUUGUUGAAGAUUUUUUUUUUUUUUGGGGGGUUAAUCCCUCGUGGUGACCUUUCUUCAGGGCCGUCCUUCACAGAGAGCAGGUGUUGCUGUGCCGAACAGCCACAGAUCUCGUUUACCUCGCAGCCCCCACCACACACACACACACUCACAGACACACACACACAAGCGCCUCUCUUCCAAGCGGCUGAGGGGUUGCCGUGGCAACGGUUGUCAUGAUGCCGAUGUAGCGACCCGUGAGUGGUCGGAGUGGAGGUAGUGGUGGAGCCGGAGGAGGUCGUGGCGGUGCUGGUGGCGGCGAGCAUCCAGGGAUGGGGAGCGCUCCGUAUCCAGCCGGCGAGUGGAAGGGGAAGGGGCGAGGCGGCCUGCAGGAGCUGGGCUGCAUGCCCUGGAAGGUCAGCAAGCAGAAAGGUGGCGGCGGCGGUGGAGGAGGUGGAGGGGAAGUGUUGGUGGGAGCAGAGGACAGGAGGCACAGGGAUCCCAGGGACACGCCGCAGCAGCAGGAUCUGUCAUCCUCCUCCUCCUCCCUCGCCCCUCCAGCUCCUCCCCAACCUUCGAUGACACUUCCAGCCAUCUAUCACGAGAAGCAGCGGAGGGAGCUGUGCGCCCUGCACGCGCUCAAUAACGUCUUCCAGGAUGGGACCGCCUUCAGCCGGGACACCCUGCAGGAGAUAUACCAGAGGCUUUCUCCCAGCACCAUGGUGACCCCUCACAAGAAGAGCAUGCUGGGAAAUGGGAACUACGACGUAAACGUCAUCAUGGCCGCCCUGCAGACGCGAGGCUUCGAGGCAGUCUGGUGGGAUAAAAGAAGGGACGUCGGCAGCAUCGAGCUGUCCAACGUGGAGGGUUUCAUCCUGAACGUACCGUCCAACCUGCGCUGGGGGCCGCUCCGCCUGCCGCUCAAACGCCAGCACUGGAUCGGCGUCCGAGAGGUGGGCGGGGUCUACUACAACCUGGACUCCAAGCUGCGCAGCCCUCAGCCCAUUGGCCACCCAGAUGAGCUCAGGAAGUUUCUCCGCCAGCAGCUGCGAGGAAAGAACUGUGAACUCCUGCUCGUGGUCUCGGAAGAGGUGGAGGCCCACCAGGCAUGGAGGUCUGACGGCUGAGGGCCCGACCAGCCAGUCGCAGCUACACCCGGGGCCAAAGCGGCCAUUCCCAGAAUGAGCCGGAGCUGUACACAGCCACUCGCAUCGGUGCACACUUGCAGAGAUAUAUCUAUAUAUAUAAAUAUAUUUUUUGCCCCUCUUUUUUGGGUUUUGUUUACACAGCCAUUGCAGGACAUCUGAUGAGAUGCAAUGAAGGAAGCAAACACUUUUUUUCCAGGGAGAAUUAAACAAUCACAGAGCUCUCUCACAGCACGGUUAAGAAAAACUGAUCCUCUUUCUGCUUUUCUUUUUGUGUUUUUAUACAUAUUGAUACAUAUUUUUCAGUGUCUUUUUUUUGUUUUUGUUUCAACUUUCCAAAGUCAUGGGAUGUCAGGCUCGGCGUGUUCAUGUGCCUGCUCACGUGAUCAUCGUGUCCGGCUUCAGUCGUCAUGUCCACGCUGUCACCGUCUCUGUAUUUUCCGUCCUUCGAUUUCACCAAAGCGUGCCCUCCCUUUCCCGCCUCGCUCCUCCCUGUUUUCACAUCGCGGCUCGGCGAUCUGUCACAGUUGCCAACUUUGUAUCCCCGCACUAGGCAGCGACACUUGAGCGGCGACUCGGAGAGCCCGCAGACCCGAACAGUUUUAUAUGGCAACACAGCAAUGCAACACACAGGCAGAGCACUCGCGUCUUUCCAUGCCAUUUGUUCUAAUGAGUCAUGCUGAAAAGGUUAUUCUGACAUGAGGAAGUCGUCUUCAAGUAAAAUUUAGGUGAUCAUGAAACCUGCGAUCUAAAUUUGAAAAAGAUGAAAGCUGAUUUUUUUUUUUUUUUUUUUUUUACCUCUGAAAUACAUGAGAAAUCACCUUUUAUUUCAUAUGUUGCAAUCGCAUGAACCAACAAAACAAACAACAAUGUUACUCUUCUGUUUGAUCAGAGCCACAGUGAUAUCGGAUAGUUUCAAAUGAAAAAUCCCAUAUGUUGCUGCAGGUUUUUGUCCAAAGGUUUCAGCGGUGCAGCAGCCCUCUGUAGCAAAGCAGCUCACCUUCUUCCAAAAUAUCCUGGGGUUUUUUUUUUUGUCUUCAGACUCGGCUCAGAGAGCCUGUCGCAGUCAGCGGUGGUCUCCGAAGUGUGGGAGGAGGAAAGUGGCUGGUUAGAGAAUGAGAUGACGGAGGAGAGGCUGAGAGCCGAAGACUUUAUUGAAGAGGAAUGUAGGUGAAGGAAAGUGGAAG